GACAGACUGGAGUCAAUGUCAACAAUUGACAGGAAAUAGAGGCUGGACUUGACUGGAACUUUUUUUCUGAGGGUUGUAAAGUCAUGGCUUGUAAGUGAAGCUCGUAUAAGAAACCGCGUCCCUUCACCAUCUCCCGGUGCAUUGCUUGUGAUUUUUAGCAUGUUUGUCCUGAUACUGCUGUGCCUCGGCUUCUGCCUCCUCUACAUCCUCACCCGAAUCCAAAAGCCCAAGAAUUUUCCUCCGGGCCCUCGACCUAUCCCGAUACUUGGGAACUUGCUUCAUCUGAAUUUGGACAAUCCAAUGAAAGACUUUGAGAAGAUGGCAAAGCGCUAUGGCAGCGUGUACAGCAUCUACAUCGGUUCCAGGCCCGCCGUUGUUUUGAACGGGUUUGAGGCCAUGAAGGAAGCUCUUCUGACCAAGUCUACAGACUUCGCUGGACGACCCCAGGACAUGAUGGUUAACCACAUCACCCGAGGAAAAGGCGUCAUCUUGGUAGACUAUGGAUCCAACUGGAAAGAACACCGGCGCUUCGCUCUGAUGACCCUCAGGAACUUCGGCAUGGGGAAGAAUUCCAUGGAGGAGAGGAUUCAUGGAGAAAUACAGCACAUCAUAGAUUCGUUGGAGAAAAGUGUUGGUACGACCAUGAACCCCCAGGUUAUGUUCCAUAAUGCUGCAUCCAACAUCAUCUGCCUCGUCCUCUUCGGUAACCGUUAUGAGUACAAUGAUGAGUUCCUCACGACAUUUGUCCGGCUCUUUACUGAGAACGCAAAGAUGACUAACGGACCUUGGUCCAUGAUUUAUGACAGUAUGCCUAUGCUGAGGAGUCUGCCGCUGCCUUUCCAGAAGGCAUUCCGCAACGCAGACCUAGCUCAAAAGAUGGCCCUUCAACUAGUGGAGGAACACAAGGAGACCAGGGUCCCUGGAGAACCCAGAGACUUCAUGGACUGCUACUUGGAGGAGAUGGCCAAAAGAGAUGAUGCUGAUGAUGAUUCAUCCUUCAAUGAGGACCAGCUGAUGAUGUAUGUCCUGGACCUGCACUUUGCUGGCACCGACACAACCUCCAACACACUUCUCACCGCCUUCCUCUACCUCGUGGCCUUCCCAAACAUUCAGGAACGCUGUCAGCAGGAGAUAGACCAAAUCCUAGAGGGGAAGGACAAGGUCAGCUUUGAGGAUAGACACCAGAUGCACUACAUGCAUGCUUUUGCCCACGAGGCCCAGCGUAUAGCCAGCACUGUGCCUCUCAGCGUGUUCCACGCCACUACCAAAGACACCAGCUUGGCAGGGUACAGCAUCCCCAAGGGGACUCUGAUCAUUCCCAACCUCACUUCUGUGCUCUAUGAGGAGGGUUACUGGAAGUUUCCUAAUGAGUUCAACCCUGAGAACUUCCUAAACGACCAAGGAGAGUUCCAUAAGCCUGAGGCCUUUUUGCCUUUCUCCCUGGGACCUCGUAUGUGUCUGGGUGAGGGUCUGGCUCGUAUGGAGCUCUUCCUCAUCUUGGUGACCCUGCUGAGACAAUUCCAGUUUGUCUGGCCAGAGGACGCAGGCGAGCCAGACUUCACCCCUGUGUUCGGAGUCACUCUGUCCCCCAAACCCUACAGAAUGUGUGUCAAGCGGAGAGGGACCCGGCAAGGGGGAAACAUAUAAUAAUGUUUUUGACUAACCCUAACCCCCUAUAGAGUGUUAAUAAGUUACUCAUUAUAAAUCAUUCUUAAUUUAAAAAGUUAAAGCUCAGAAGUCAAGCCCUACAACACUACUGGCUAUCCUGUUCAAAUGCUGAACCAUUGUUGUGAAAGAGACGAAGAUUGAUACAAAAAAAAAAGAGUAGAUUGUGUCUCUUUGUCAAGUUGAAUAGAUGUUCAGGGUCAGGAGAAAGUACUGGGUACGGGGAGAGCUCCACCUAUGAUCUCUCUCUGCCCUGAGAGUGGUCAUGCGCUGGGAACUGUGAGUCUCUUUCUCUGUGAUUGAUGUAACACCAUGACUGCCUGACCUUCUCUCCCAAUCUGCAGAUUGAUAAUACUUAUAUAAAUCCAGAACUCAACUGAACUUUGUCACUCCGGAAGAGACAGACAAAAAAUAUUCCCCAUAAGGGUACAUAGAGGAGAUUGGUAUAAUUGCAAUUGGAUGCAGUUGUAUUCAUACUUGACUUUCAGUUUAGUACUAACAAGGUCCCUUCUAGAGAUAGUUUGUCAUUCUAACCUCUACAAGUUUGGGACUUUGAAAACUGAUGGCCUCCCCUUGAAAACGUGGGAAGGAUGAACAGGGUUACGCAUAACACGCAUAACACCAUACAAAUGUUAUUUACUGAGUUUGUGUUGCUUUGAGUAAUGUGUGGAAUGAGGAAUUGCUGAUUUUAAGUCUCCUUGGUGAAUUCAAAAUAAAUAAAAGUGUCUAAAUAAUCACCCU